AUGUCGGAUGACAACAUUUACCAGGUCGAAAAGAUUGUGGACAGCCGUAUAUACAAGGGUAAAAAGCAAUAUUUAAUAAAAUGGGAAGGAUUCCCAUCAAAUGAAAAUACUUGGGAGUAUGCUAAGGAUAUAUUUAGCAAGGAGCUUAUUGAUCAGUUCGAAGAAGAGAAGAAGCAAAAGAAAAAGAGUGCUGCUAAACCUAGGGCGGUGCCUGAGGUUACAAAUGAAUGGGCGCAGGAGGUAAGUAAUAUUGAAAAUGUGUAUAUGGACGAGAAAAAAAAUAGGUUGAUGGUUGAUAUCCUCUUCAAUUCAGGUAAGAGGAUGUCGGUUGAUGCGAAGACCGUGCAUCAGAGGUGUCCUGUUGCCCUCUUAGAGUACUAUGAAAAAAAUAUUUCGUUUACGGAUGAAGUAGAAUAAGAUAAUUAAAUUACGAUUUAUUUCCA